GACGAGGCCCGAGAGCCCGAACGCGGACGAGAAUCGAGUUCGUGCCAUCCCGAAGCCAAUUGGACCCGAAGAAGAAUUCAUGGGCCGUCGGGACUGACACCGACUUCACGCUUCAUGGACAGUGGCCGAAGCUGCGCCGUGGCGCCAUUGAGGAAAGAAGAGAUGGAGAGGCAAAAGCACGGCAUGGAUGUGGGAAGAGUGCUUGGCGACGUCCAAAAGAAUUGGGACGGAAUUGGGAGCAGGUUUGGGCUGUGCAUUGAACGUGGAAAGGACGUUGUAGCCGGAAUUGUGAAGAAUUCAGCUAUGGGGAACAGGAAUGUGAAUAAUUCAAUAUUGCAGUUUACUGGAUUGCUUGGGCAGAAAAUGGAGGAAGGAAGGGCGAAUCUGUUACAAGCCUGGGAGAGCCUGAAUAGAAACCAUCACAACACCAGGAUGCCUAUGUUUGCUAGUAUUUCCGCUUCUUCUGGAAACACAUCAGCCCCUUGGGAACCCACGCCUCUGUUUCAAUUAGCCAUGAGUACUGAGCAGGUUUCCAAGAGGCUUGAUGGUGUUCCUGUGUACACCGUCAGCAACUCUGCAAAUGAAUUCGUAUUAGUUUCCGAUAUCAACAGCCAGAAAUCACUGGGAAUAUUUUGCUUCAGACAGGAAGACGCAGAAGCUUUGCUGUCUCAGGUUCGGGAUCGAGAGCCCUCUUUAGGGCGUGGGGCAAAAGUUGUAGCAGUAUCUCUGGAUAAGGUAUACCAGCUGAAUACCGAAGGUAUAGCCUUUCGCUUCUUACCUGAUCCACAUCAAGUCAAAAACGCACUGGAGACGAAGUUGAAGCCAGGAGAGAAGAGGAAGACGUUUGAUGGAGUGCCUGUUUUCCAGUCUGACAACUUGAUUCUACGGAGCAACAAUCGACGUUUCUGCCCAAUAUUUUUUUGCAAGGAGGACUUGGAAAGGGCUCUCAGUAGAGCCUUCAAACAGCAGCAAAGGGUGAAUCCCUCUUUGCAAGUAAAUUCUAAUAUUCAGGUUGGUAGUUUUGAAGAUGUCUUGAAAAGACUGGAGAGCAACGACGAAGAUACAGGUUGGGGCGAUAUUGUGUUUAUUCCUCCUGGAAUGGAUGCUUUCAGUCAUCUAGGAAAAGCAGUUGCACAAGCAUCAAAGCGGGGUGAAUCCGUUGUUGCAUAACCUCCAGAGUAAAUUGCAAAUUAGUUAGGCGACAAUUUUGACAAGCCAAAUUUAAUCAAUCUCUCAUUUUCAGUUCUCAAAAGGUUUUAUUACGACUCUUCAUUGGAGAGCUGUGCCCUAAGUGAAGAGCAGCGACGGUGAUUCUUAGUCGCGUAUUUAGCUUAUUGGGAAGAAUAUUUGAUGCAAAAGAAACUGAGUAGUACUUGGAAGUGUUAGCUGAGUUAGCCAUAAAAGGUGAUCACCAUCUAUGGUGAACUUGAAUGUCAAUCUUGUCAAAGCAUGUCAUCCCACGCAGAUUAUCUAUAAUAAAGGAUCAAAAGCAUGUCACCGAGCAAUCCC